CCCGUUCACCCCGCACACACACACACACACCACCAGGAACCAGUUUCACAAUAAACGGAUAAGGCGUCAAACUGUUUUGAUCAACUCAGUGUACGACGUUUAUUUCCCCCACAUCGCAAUGAAAUGAGGGGAGCAUGGGGGCCAAAGAGUCGAGGAUAGGAUUCCUGUCGUAUGACGAGGCCGUGAAGAGAGUGACUGAUGUGGAACUGAAGCGGCUGAAAGAUGCAUUCAAGAGAACCAGCGGCAUCACCUAUUACAUGACCCAGCAGUGCUUCUACAGGGAAGUGCUGGGAGAUGGAGUUCCCCAUAAAGUUGCAGAGGUGAUCUACACCUCAUUUGGAGGCUCGUCUAAAGGUCUGCACUUCAACAAUCUGAUCGUGGGUCUGGUGCUUCUGACCAGAGGACGUGAUGAGGAGAAGGCCAAGUACCUCUUCAGCCUGUUUGCCAGUGAUCUGGGCGGUUAUGCUGCCAGGGAAGAUAUAGAAGCAGUUCUGCAGGUCCUGGAUGGAGAAGUCCCACUUUCUCUCAAGAAGUGCUUCAGUGAGGGUGACAAGGUUAACUAUGAGCGCUUCAGGAACUGGCUGCUACAGAACAAGGAGGCCUUCACUUUCUCCAGAUGGCUUCUGUCUGGUGGAGUGUGUGUCACACUCACAGACGACAGCGACACGCCCACCUUCUACCAGACCCUUGCUGGCGUCACACACUUGGAGGAGUCAGACAUUAUAGACUUGGAGAAGCGCUACUGGCUACUGAAAGCCCAGUCCAGAACCGGACGCUUUGACUUGGAAACCUUCGUCCCGCUGGUCUCUCCUCCCAUCCAUGCCUCACUGAGUGAAGGCUUGUUUCACGCCUUCGAUGAAAAUCGGGACAACCACAUCGACUUUAAAGAGAUCUCCUGUGGACUCUCUGCAUGCUGCAGGGGGCCCAUCGCUGAAAGACAGAAAUUUUGCUUCAAAGUGUUCGAUGUGGACCGUGACGGGGUUCUGUCUCGAGAUGAACUCCAUGAGAUGGUGGUGGCACUGCUGGAGGUGUGGAAGGACAAUCGCACAGACACACUCCCUGAGCUGCAAAAUAAUGUGUCAGACAUAGUGGAGGAUAUCCUGAAGAUGCAUGACACAACCAAGAUGGGUCACCUGACACUGGAGGACUACCAGAUCUGGAGUGUGAAGAGUGCUUUGGCCAAUGAGUUCUUAAACCUGCUUUUCCAGGUCUGCCACAUAGUCCUGGGGCUCAGGCCUGGUAGUCCUGAGGAGGAGGGACAAAUCAUCAGGGGUUGGUUAGAGAGGGAGAGCAGACAUGGGCUGCAGCAAGCUCAGAACUGGUUCCUCAUCUCCAUGCUGUGGUGGCAGCAGUGGAAGGACUACGUCAAAUAUGAGCAUAAGGGCAUCGUGGUGGAGCAGCCGUCCAUCCUGGGCUCACUGCGAACCCCGAUGACCACGGCCACUAUCGAACCCACCCCACCGGACAGACUGGGAGGACUGGGAGCCUUCAGUCCGGUCAGCCCCACAGAGGAGAGGUCACCUGAUGCUGUGUCCAGCGCCUCGGAGGCCACGGAGACCGCCCUGAGCCCCCAGGUAGCUCCCUCUGCUACAGAGAGCUGUUUUGCCCGUCAGCACAACGUAUCGGACAACAACAAUCAGUGUUUUUCUGGAGCCAACGGCCACCUCCCCUCCCAGCUGGCAGCACAAAGACCUGGAGCCAUCGACAACCAGCCUCUGGUCAAUACCGACCCCAUGAAGGCCCCCACACUGACCAUGGAGGGCGGCAGGCUGAAGCGCUCCUUGCAGCUGGUGCCUGGCAGAGACUUUGAGACGGUGCCAGAGCCGGUGUGGCGGGCACUCUACCAUUGGUAUGGAGCCAACCUGAGCCUGCCACGGCCGGUUAUCCUGGAGAGCAAGACAGGACAAGCAGAGCUGGAGCUCUUCCCGCGCUACCUCCUCUUCCUCCGCCAGCAGCCAGCCACGCGAUCCCCCCAGUCCAACAUCUGGGUUAAUAUGGGUAUGACCAGCCUGCGAAUGUUCCCACCGUAUUUACCCCCACCAAGAGGUAACGUGCCGUCCCCCAACGCUCCUCUGAAGAGGGUGCUGGCCUACACAGGCUGCUUCAGCCGCAUGGGCACCAUCAAGGACAUCCACCUUUACCUGUCCCAGAGACUCCGCAUCAAGGAGGAAGACAUGAGACUUUGGCUCUACAACAGUGAGAACUACCUCACCCUCCUGGACGAUGAAGAUCACACACUGGAAAGCCUGAAGAUCUAUGAUGAGCAGCAGCUGGUUAUUGAAGUCAGGAACAAAGACAUGAGCUGGCCUGAGGAAAUGUCUUUCAUUGCCAACAGCAGUAAGAUGGACAGGCACAAAGUUCCCACAGAGAAAGGAGCCACUGGCCUCAGUAACCUUGGCAACACCUGCUUCAUGAACUCAAGUAUCCAGUGUGUGAGCAACACCAAGCCUCUCACCAAAUACUUCAUCUCAGGGAGACACCUCUAUGAGCUCAACAGAACCAACCCCAUCGGGAUGCGAGGUCACAUGGCCAAGUGUUAUGGAGACCUGGUGAUGGAGUUGUGGAGCGGGACACAGAAGAACGUGGCUCCACUCAAACUCAGGUGGACAAUAGCAAAGUAUGCCCCACGCUUCAAUGGCUUUCAGCAGCAGGACUCCCAGGAGCUGCUGGCCUUUCUGCUGGAUGGUCUCCAUGAAGAUCUGAACAGAGUCCAUGAGAAACCGUACGUGGAGCUGAAGGACAGCGAUGGCCGGCCUGACUGGGAGGUGGCCUCUGAGGCAUGGGAGAACCACCUGCGCAGGAACCGUUCCAUCGUGGUGGAUCUGUUCCACGGUCAGCUCAAGUCCCAGGUGAAGUGUAAGACCUGUGGACACAUCAGCGCUCGCUUCGACCCUUUCAACUUCCUCUCUCUGCCCCUGCCCAUGGACAGCUCCAUGCAUCUGGAGAUCACAGUCAUUAAACUGGACGGCUCCACACCUGUACGCUACGGCCUACGGUUGAAUAUGGAUGAAAAGUACACGGGGCUGAAGAAACAGCUGAGUGAACUGUGCAGUCUGAAGCCUGAGCAGAUCCUCCUGGCUGAGGUGCACACCUCCAACAUCAAGAACUUUCCUCAAGACAAUCACAAGGUCCGUCUGUCUAUUAAUGGCUUCCUGUGUGCAUUUGAGAUCCCGGUGCCAGGUUCACCAACGUCACUGAGCUCGCCCACAUUGACAGACAUCACCCCAAUAGCCAACGGUUCGGCUGCUAAUGGGAAUCUGGUCAAUAAGCCCAUCCUCAUCCCCAACGGGGGGCCAAGCACCAUGGUGCCCUGUAGCCCAGAGACGGCCCUGGCCAACGGGGUCGCUAACGGACACAUCACACCGGUGCAGGAGAGCCCCUUCAUCGGAUACAUCAUCGCCAUGCACAGAAAGAUGAUGCGUACGGAGCUGUACUUCCUGUCAUCUCAGAAAAACCGGCCCAGUCUGUUUGGUAUGCCUCUCAUAGUCCCCUGCACGGUCCACACCAGUAAGAAGGAUCUGUACGAUGCUGUCUGGAUCCAAGUGUCCCGACUGGCCAGCCCACUGCCCCCGCAGGAGGCCAGCAACCACGCCCAGGACUGUGAUGACAGCAUGGGCUACCAGUACCCCUUUACUCUACGGGUUGUGGGGAAGGAUGGCAAUUCCUGCGCCUGGUGUCCCUGGUACAGGUUCUGUCGAGGAUGUACAAUAGAGUGUACGGAGGACAGAGCCUCUGUGGGGAACGCUUAUAUCGCUGUGGACUGGGACCCCACCGCCCUGCACCUCCGCUACCAGACCUCCCAGGAGAGGAUUGUGGAGGAGCACUGCAGCGUGGAGCAGUCCCGUCGGGCGCAGGCUGAGCCCAUCAGCUUAGACAGCUGUCUGAAGGCCUUCACCAGCGAGGAGGAGCUGGGUGAGGACGAGCUCUACUACUGCUCCAAGUGCAAGACGCACCGGCUGGCCACAAAGAAGCUGGACCUCUGGAGGCUGCCACCGAUGCUGAUUGUCCACCUGAAGCGCUUCCAGUUUGUAAAUGGUCGUUGGAUUAAAUCCCAGAAGAUUGUCAAGUUCCCGAGAGAGAAUUUUGACCCUAGCGCCUUCCUGGCUCCCAGAGACCUGGAGCAGCACUGCCUUCACUCACGCAGUCAGAGCGAGGAUCUGCUGAGGAUCGGAGAAGACAACUUGUCCUCCAUCUCUGCCCCUGCUGGCUUCUGCAACCUCCCCAAAGCCUCCCCUGCCUCCAGCAGAAAGUCUGCGCCCUCUCUCAGCCGGUCCAGCAGCCCCUCGGGCAGCCCGAAGACUGGCAGCGGAGGCCGAAGACCAGGCCGGCUACGUCUGCCCCAGCUGGGUAGCAGACACCGCCUCUCUAACAGCAAAGAGAACCUGGAUGGAGCUGCUAAUGCUGAGGGUGAGCCGGGGGAUAGCACGCCACAGCCGGACACAGAGGGCAGCACGGCAGCAUCGGGCCUUCCUGGAUCGGGAGAGACAAUCUCAUCAGAGGCCUCCUACGGUACUGAGGCGUCCAGUAGCAACUGUGAUGUGGUCCUGGUGAACGGUGACAGCAACGGGCUGAGCUCAGACUGCAGCACGGAGGGCAGCAUGGACCCUGACAACUCACUGCUGCAGCACAGAGACAACAUGUGUCUGGACGCCAUCUACAACCUUUAUGCAAUAUCAUGCCAUUCAGGAAUCAUGGGAGGAGGCCACUAUGUGACGUAUGCCAAAAACCCCAAUGAGAAAUGGUACUGUUACAACGACAGCAGCUGUAAGGAAGUGCACUCGGAGGAGAUUGACACGGAUUCGGCCUACAUCCUUUUCUAUGAGCAGCAGGGAGUCGACUACUCCCAGUUCCUGCCAAAGAUAGAUGGCAAGAAGAUGGCCGACACCAGUAGCAUGGAUGAAGACUUUGAGUCCGAUUACAAGAAAUACUGUGUCCUCCAGUGAUCGCACCUCGUCUUCCGUCAGCCAGCACUACAACUGCUCUCUGCUCCCCCCUGCUGCUCUGAGCAGGAAGCACCAGACGUUCAGAUCCUUCUGAAGACUUUCUCACAAACUGCUAACGACUAGAGUCUGAUCGUGGUCUCUGUCUUUAGGGAUGCAUCGCAGCACUUUCUACACUUGAACGCAAAUAUAUUUUAGUGCAAAGGUUUGAAGAGACAACAUAAAGCCCUGGUAAAAGCACUAAACUGGUGCACUUUGCUGAGCCCGAGGAAACAACCCGCCCCUUCCUCCUCCUCCCCCUCGUGAACAACCCUCGCCAUAACACACAUGUAACAUAUACUUGCAUACUAUCGCAUCUCUGAAUGUAUGCCGGUAUGGCCAAGUCAUGAAGUGAUGUUGCUUUGUAAUUGUGCAUUUAUCACUUGUGAUGCCCGAACGAAAACAAAAAAUCUACGCCUGGAGUUCUCGUGUGAUCCGUGCCUGGAUAUCUGACCCGGAGAAGGAAAAACAAUGAGGCCACAGGAUGAAGAAGUCCAGGUGUAACUGCAAAAAAGCCAAUGAUUAGAAAAAGGUUGAGUUUUAAAUGCCAAGUGUAAAGGGGCCCAAGAGUAAAAAAUGUCAUAUUGUAUGCCACACAUCAACAUGAUAUUGACAUUUGGUAUUUAGAAUAUUGGAUACUGUGACAAACAAAAAAAUGGUUCUCCAAAGGUUUUUUUAGCGAUUAGUGUCAUAAGUCACAUGCUACCUCAUCGCUUCCCACAGGCUGUCGGCCAACUUUACACUAAUAGUCUGUGACAGUAUUAAUAAUAAUAAUAAUAAUAAUAAUAUUAAAUAAAUGCUUCCUUCGGUGUAGGAGUCAUGGUACACACAUUUCAGGACCCCCGCCCUUAAAAAAAAGGUCUCUUCCCCUCCUAGGACACAUAAAAUCCGGCAUUUUUUGCCAAAACUGUGUUUGAUUCUAUAGCUGCCAAAUGUCAGUAGUGAUUUGUGCAAUGUUGACCUCUGUGUACCCAUAACUUUGUUGAAACUCAAAGAGCUUGAGUAUCAGUCUCGGUUUGUUUAGGACAGGUGCCAUGAUUUCAAAAGGAUACACUUAGAGAAUAAUAUACAGUAUAUGUUUGAUACUUUUAUGGAUUCUGCAAAUGCGUUGUUUUAUAAAGGAAACAUUUUAUUGUUUUGAUUUUCUUUCUUAAAGGCAGGCUUCAGGAGGCACUUCAGGUUUGGAUAGGAAAGGAUAUUUAUCAGAGGUGUCAGACUCCCCGAUAAGAAACCAGAGAAAGUUGGGACAUUGGGCGAUCUCACUGUAUUUUGGUUACAAAAUGAUAUCAUAUUUAACUUAAAAGAAUACUCCGCCGGUUUAGCAUUGCACUAAUAUACCAGUGUCAGAUCUAAGAAGGCCAGUAGAAAGAAAAAAGGGAUCAAAACUGAUUGCAGACCUUUUUGAGAUACCGGUAUCAUCUUUUUAAUUUUUUUACAUAUUCAUCUUUCUUGUCAAUACCCGGCGCCUACAUUAUCCACAAUGCAACUGGACUGUUGACAUUUCAGUCAGACAUUCGGGUGUGUUUAUGCUUGUAAUGAAGAGGUCUAGACAGUUCCUUUCCUUCUAACUCCAUACCUUCAGAUAGAUUUCAUUUUUUAAACUUGUAGUCUUAAGCCCCAACUGACUCUAACUCAAGUGACAUCAUGUGACAGCACUUAUCAAACCUUAACACAGCUACACAGAGCUAUUCCCCAACACCUAUAAACACUUUGAUGUGUACAAUGGGUUUAAAAUCGUUUAAAUGCCCUCUUUGGUUGAAAGUUUCAAGCCUGUUUCUUGUGCUUUGCUGCUUCUGUAACCACAAAGUGUCCUGGAGUACACCUGUGCAUCAGGAGUUUAAGCCCCAAUGCCACAUUACCAACCAGACAAAGUGUCUGCAUCCCCUUGGGGAUCACAGUCCCAAAGCUAAUUUCAUAAAUUGCAUAUUUUACGUUAUAUAUGCACCUUUAAAGCCUUUAUUAGUCUUAUGGCCCUGCAUCAUUAGAGUCUAAGGGUGUUUUGUGCUUUUAGUAUUUUACUUGAUAGUAUACUCACAUGGUGCAUAUCUCUAAGUAAAUGUGUUUAAUUAAUUUACUGUAACCAAAUUUGUACCCCAAAUGGUAGAUGCCCACAGCCAAUGUGUCGCCCUGGGUUACCUUGGCUCCAACAGGUCCCUUAGACACAGUUAUUCCCUAUAGGGUAAAUAAUUAAUAUUGAACUGUGAAGUCUCUAUUUUGAACCAAUUGAUGUAAUUGUUCCUCAAAAUGUUCCAAUCCACAAUCAAGCAUCCAUUUAAAAAUGUAUGGAGAAUAAAGUUUCCUAUAUUGGAAUGACCUUUUAAGAAUUAAUUUAAAUUUGGGUUGGUUUAAGGAAAAAAUCCUCUUGAAAUUAAGAUAUAUUAAAAACUAUAUUGGUAAAGUCCAUACCUGUACAUUACUGUUACCAAAACAUUUGUUCCCAUAAAUCCAUUGAUAUCAGAUGGUUUCAGUUCAUAUAUUCUUCAAAAUAACCACAGCCUGUUGAAUCCGUUGAGAGCUGCAGUAUGUGUCUGGACUGUAACAUUUAGAUUAUCAUUUUCUUCUGUGUGCUGAGUCGACAAAUAUCUGUAUCAUGUCAAUUUCUGUUCCCUCCUUUUAUCAGAAGGUUUGGCCACUUGAUGUGAUGGUUCAGGUUAGUUUUGAAAUGAACAAACCCCAUGUGUUUUGCUGUGUGGAGACCAGUGACAGAGCUUUGUGUCUGGUGUGUAGCAGCAUGUGUGGAGCUCCUCUUGCUUGGGGCUCAGUCUAAUCACUGUGAACAGACAGACGGUCAGCAAUUCCCCACUUUGUCUUCUAGAUCACAGGAGUUGAAUCUCUGUGUUCGACCCCUUUUUGAGCUGCUGUAUUUAUGAGUAGAAGGUGUUUAUUGUGGAUGUAUCUGGAGAGAGAUCUGUCACUGAAUGAAACUUUAUAUUCCUUUGCAGAGUACGUUUGUUGAACAAAUGGAAAUGUACAGAUGAGUGCUAUUUAUGUUUGCUUGCUCAGCUCUUUUUUGUCCUCCACCCUCCUGCCUUUGCACCGAGCUAUAGACGAUGUCCAGUUUGUGUCAGUGUUUAAAAAUAUCAUCACAAUUUCUCCUUAGGAUUAGUCUCUUGAGAAACCAGUUUGUAACGUUUGCUUCAUUUAAAGGUGCAAUAGCUGUCAACUUUUUCUUUUUUUGUGGCUGUGAAUGUUUGCUUAAAUGACUACUUGUGUGAUGCUAAGCUUACCACACCUGUAGCUUAAACUGUAUUAGAAAAAAAAACACAAUUUAAAGUUAAUUUCAGCACAUUUUUUUUGUUAUUCAGGAACAAAGAUUUUCUGCCCGAAAGAACUGAACUUUGACACUGAAACUGGGCAAACACCGAUCUUGUGAACCACAGAAAUAAUAUCUUAAGCCCCUGCCCAGCUCCAGAGGCCCCGCCCAUCAUAUCCCACACCCGGCAGGCAGUGCAAUCUACUACUGAGCUGUCUGUCAGUGUCUCUGUAGCCUCUUUUAUUUAAGUUUGUUUCUGUUGGAUCUGAACCAGACAUGUUAAUUUAAAGAACUUUUUUGUAAGGUGUUUGUUGAAAGAAAGUGAUGUUGCACUGACAUGAAAACAUGUACAUAAAAAAAUUGUGUUUUGUAAAUAAGCCAAUGAAAACUAUGUAUUUGAAUAUGAACUGUACAAAAUACUGUACUUGUAGUUGUAUAUGGAGUGAUACCGUUGAUCUGUAACAAAAAUACCCAAGCAACAAAUUAAAUUCUGCAGAGGAAAGAACAA